GGGGGCUGAGGGCUGCGGGACGGGGAGCCGUCCCGGCGCUGCGGGGUCGGGGAUCGCGGCGGUGCGGCCCUUCCAGGCGCUCCCUGCCCUGCACGGCACGGCGAUACCCCUUUCCUGCCCGCUCGGUAAACACUGAUGUCAUUCCCCUCUUGCGUAAUGGAGCUGCGUGCCGCUGCCGUGCGGCGCUGGGAUGGCAGCUCUGCGAUGGCAGCACCGCGUCCCCCCUUCCGACGGCGACAGCAACGGGGGCUCCUCGGGAAGGAGGGCGGCAGAGCAGCUCUGUUGCUUUCAGUGCGAUGCGAGCACUCUAGGUGUUUUCAGGUCAUGGUAAGAAUCACAAAGACGCUGCCUCGGUCAGGGCCACGCAUCCCAUCCCUGCAGCUUGUGGCAUUUAUUACUUCGAAGUGAAGAUUGUCAGUAAAGGGAGAGAUGGGUAUAUGGGAAUAGGACUUUCUGCUCAAGGGGUCAACAUGAACAGGCUUCCUGGAUGGGAUAAACAUUCCUAUGGGUACCACGGUGAUGAUGGGCAUUCCUUCUGUUCCUCGGGGACAGGGCAGCCCUAUGGCCCUACGUUCACAACUGGAGAUGUCAUCGGUUGCUGUGUCAACCUCAUCAACAAUACCUGCUUCUACACAAAAAAUGGCCACAGUUUAGGUAUAGCCUUUACAGACCUCCCUUCAAACCUGUACCCUACAGUGGGCCUCCAGACUCCAGGAGAGAUAGUGGAUGCCAACUUUGGGCAGCAGCCAUUUGUGUUUGACAUUGAGGACUACAUGAGGGAGUGGCGAGCAAAGAUUCAGAGCACCAUUAAGCGGUUUCCCAUAGGAGACAGGCUAGGCGAGUGGCAAGCCAUGCUGCAGAAUAUGGUUUCUUCAUAUUUGGUUCAUCAUGGGUACUGUUCAACAGCAACUGCCUUCGCCAGAGUCACAGACACUGCAAUCCAGGAAGAACAGACCUCAAUAAAGAACAGACAAAGAAUACAGAAGCUAGUAUUAGCAGGCCGAGUUGGAGAGGCUAUAGAAGCCACCCAGCAGCUCUACCCUGGCCUCCUAGAACAUAACCCCAACCUGCUCUUCAUGUUAAAGUGUCGGCAGUUUGUGGAGAUGGUGAAUGGGACAGACAGUGAAGUCCGUUGUUUCAGUGCACGCAGCCCCAGAUCCCAGGACAGUUACCCUGGGUCCCCCAGCUUAAGUCCCAGACACGGAUCCAGCAACUCACACGUUCAUAGUACUGGAGCAGAUAGUCCUACCUGUAGCAAUGGAGUCAUGUCCACAAAAAGCAAACAGAGCCACAGUAAAUACCCAACACUGAGUUCAUCUUCGUCAUCUUCCUCCUCCUCCUCCCCCUCAUCUGUGAACUACUCAGAGUCCAAUUCUACAGAUUCUACCAAAUCUCAGCAGCACAGUAGUACGAGUAACCAAGAAACCAGCGACAGCGAGAUGGAAAUGGAGGCUGAGCACUACCCCAAUGGAGUCCUGGAAAAUUCAUCCACCAGGAUAAUGAAUGGCACCUACAAACACGAAGAGAUCCUGCAGACAGAUGAAUCCAGCAUGGAAGACAGCUGUCCCCAGAGGCAGCUCUGUGGAGGGAACCACGCUGCCACCGAGCGAAUGAUCCAGUUUGGACGGGAGCUGCAGAUGCUGAGUGAACAGCUGUGCAGAGAAUACGGGAAGAAUACAGUGCACAAAAAGAUGCUUCAGGAUGCAUUUAGCUUGUUAGCUUACUCAGACCCUUGGAACUGCCCUGUUGGUCAACAGCUGGACCCAAUCCAGAGGGAACCUGUGUGUGCUGCUCUUAAUAGUGCUAUUUUGGAAUCUCAGAACCUGCCAAAGCAGCCCCCACUGAUGCUUGCCCUGGGCCAGGCCUCGGAGUGUUUGCGACUCAUGGCUCGUGUGGGCUUGGGCUCCUGUUCCUUUGCCAGAGUAGACGACUAUUUGCACUAGCCACCAGAGCAGGAUGGAGCUGACAUCGUCGAGUGCUGCCCUUCACCCUCCGUUGCUGCCACUACAACGCCACCUCGUCUGUAGCCUGAGCUCCCACCAACACCCCCUCUAGCACACACACACACUGCCUGUGAAAGGAUCUAUUCCCUCACCACGUGGCCAUUCCUGACCCAGGAGUGACUGGCAGACCUGACCUGUCUCCCCGCCACCGCUGCGGCUCCGGCGGCACUCAGUAUUUCGCUGGUUAUUCUAAUGUAGCGCCUUCCAAUGUAGGGAUUUCUCUUUGUUUUGAUUUGAGUUGUUUCUCAUGGAUCCACCAGUAUUUUAUCUGGAGAGUUUCGCUGAGCUGGUUUCUGCUGAUUUACGGAGGAAGCUCGUGGAGUUGGUGACGCCUUGUUCUCUUCUUCCCUCCCUCCUCCAUCCGUGCACAUGCAACAUCAUCUUCUGUGCUAGUUACCUGAACUCUUCUCGCAGUGGCAGUUCAGAGGGAUUUAUUUUUUUUUUUAAUUUUAUUUGAAUCCUGUUUAUUAAAAAGGUCUCUUCCACCUCCACAAAGUCAUUGAUGUAUUUAUUGCCCAGAGACUUGGGCCCAACCAUGCACUUCCCACAUCCCCGCAGUGAGGUGCAUCCUGUCCUAUGCUAACCAUGGGAACUGGAUUUGGAGGAACUCGGUCUUUCCUGUCUCUGUGAGUAGGAAAAGUAGAAGAUUUGGCAUUGCCUUUGUCAGUGGCUGCAUGCUAGGAACAUCUCAGCCUCUGAGAAAUGGGUAAAUCUGGCAGCUAAGAGGGACAGGGCUAACCAAUGUGAAGUCUCCUGCUAUAUUGAUGAUGGUAAGGAAGAGCUGUGGAUGCUGCCAAGUUGGGCUGUUGGUUUUUGUGCUGCAUCACAAAAUCCCUGUUUUUCUCCAUGCAGAAGGGCUCUGCUACUAAGACUCUAUACAAUAGUAUGUAGUGAAUGAUCACUGCUACAUUCUAUUGUUUUGAGAUGACUGAUUUGAAAUGUGCUCAGCCUUGCAGGGUGCAAAUGCUCAGAUCAGGUUGCAGGUUGGGAUCAGUGCCAUCUUUUUACCCACUUAGAAAGGAAGGGCAAUAUUUCUUUGAGGAUUAAGAAUGCAAUUUUAGUUCCAGGUCCAAAAGUGACCAGCAAGGAUCUGUGGGUGAGUAACCUCCAGGUAAGAUGGACGUGGUAAUGUGUCACUGCUGGGACUUUGAGUGCUGCUAAGGCUUUGGUAUUCAAACCAUUUGCCAGCAAGUAUUUUUAAGUAUAUUUUGUGCUGGUCUACCAUGUGAGAAAGAAAGUUGGUGCCAGAACUCUGCCACUGAGCUGAGAGCUCUGAGAGUUCACUGCAUUUA